GCACUUGCGCGUGGCGAGGUUGAUCAUGGAGGCAGGUGUCAAGCUAGGGAUGCGGUCCAUUCCCAUUGCCACUGCUUGCACCAUUUACCAUAAGUUCUUCUGCGAGACCAUCCUGGACGCCUAUGACCCUUACCUGAUUGCCAUGUCUUCCAUUUACUUGGCCGGCAAAGUGGAAGAGCAGCACCUGCAGGCUCAUGACAUCAUCAAUGUGUCCAACAGGUACUUCAACCCAAGCGGUGAGCCCCUGGAAUUGGACUCCCGCGUCUGGGAGCUCCGGGACAGCAUUGUGCAGUGUGAGCUUCUCAUGUUGAGAGUUCUGCGCUUCCAGGUCUCCUUCCAGCAUCCACACAAGUACCUACUCCACUACCUGGUUUCCCUCAAGAACUGGCUGAACCGCCACAGCUGGCAGCGGACCCCCGUUGCCGUCACUGCCUGGGCCCUGCUGCGGGACAGCUACCACAGGGGGCUGUGCCUCCCCUUCCAGGCCCAGCACAUAGCUGUGGUGGUGCUCUACCUGGCCCUGCAGGUCUAUGGAGUCAAGGUGCCCGCCGAGGUCGAGGCUGAGAAGCUGUGGUGGCAGGCGUUUAGUGACGACCUUACCAAGCCAAUCAUUGAUAAUAUUGUGUCUGAUCUCAUUCAGAUUUAUACCAUAGACACAGAGAUCCCCUAAGGCCCUGGCCCAGGCCUGC